CCAAGGGAUCUUCUUUUUAUCCGGACGGACACCACACCCUGUAGAAAGAAAGUUCCCUGACCCUAAUUCUCCAGUGUCUUGAACGCAAGCCAGUUCUUUUUGCGUCUGCGUUUCCUGUUUAUAUCUGGAAAGGACUAACACGGUCUGUAAACCAAGCUACUGUAAAGUUAUUGGGACUCCGCAAUGGCGUGUAAGGGUACGCUCAAGAGUGGUCUUCUGGCUGUGGCAUUUGUUUCCUACCUGCUGUUAGGGGCAGUUGUAUUCCAGAUCUUGGAACAGGGGGCAGAAGAUACAGCAAAGGUCAAGACACACCGUCACAGACUAGACUUCUUGGAGAAUUACACAUGCCUUACAAAAGAUGCACUGGACCAUUUGAUUAAUGUUAUUGAAGAUGCAGUUAAACAUGGUAUAAACCCUCUGGCAAAAGAAUCAGAAAACAAGCAAACCAACUGGGAUUUAAGUAGUUCUUUCUUUUUUUCUGGUACAGUGGUGACCACAAUCGGAUACGGAACAAUUGCGCCCAGAACCGCGGGUGGACAGAUCUUCUGUGUAUUUUAUGCCUUGUUUGGAAUACCUUUAAAUGUAAUUGUUCUAGGCCAUGUUGGUAAAAAACUUUCCACAUGGUCACAAAAGUUUGGGAAAUGUUUAUUUAAUAAAGGAAUAAACAAGAAAAGAGCAAAAAUUCUGACAAUCAUAUUCUUUUCUGCGACUGGAAUCAUAGUGUUUAUAGCUAUACCGCCAAUAGUUUUUACGAGAACAGAAGGUUGGAGUUACCGAGAAGGAAUCUACUAUGCUUUCAUUUCUUUGAGCACCAUUGGCUUUGGGGACUAUGUUGUUGGUUAUGGUUCAAGAGCCAAAAAGCCAUUCACAGGGUUUCGUGUCUUUGUGUGCUUUUGGAUUAUAUUUGGACUGGCGUGGCUAUCUCUUCUCUUUAAUUUAUUGACAUCAUUGAUGGAAGACACAGAAAAGAAGAUAGCUAAAGAUAUACAGAAAAAAGUAAAGCAUAAAGGUAGCCAGGAGGAGAUCGGUAUGCAGUCUUUAAUGGGCAGCCAAGCACACGAGAAGGAAGAGGCAAUGGUGAAUGAUACGAGUAACAGCAAUGGUACUAGCAAAAAAACACAGGAGUGCAACAAUGUUUAGCAUCACCAAAGCUCUGAUCGUCGGAAUCCAGAUAGCAAGAGAUUUUUGGACUUUCAACAGCCAGCUCAAUCUAAUAGGUCAAAAUAAGUAAAUUAGUUUUGUUCUUGAAAAGCAAAUGUCCACCUAUUUGUGCUUAGUUUUG